AGUGAGCUAAACAGGAACUGACCAUAUGGGAGAAUCUGAUGCCAACAUAGAGACUGAUGGGACUCUGUGACAUAGAUCACCAAGCUGAAAAGCCGAAGAAGGUUUUCAGAGGAAUGCAAAAGAGACAGGAGUUUUAAAAGCAGGAAGCCAGAAGGGAUCACCAUAAGAUGAAUUUCACCCAGCAUCGUGGGACACUCCAGCCUCUCCAUUUCUGGAACCACAGCUACAGACUGCACGGAGGAGCCAGCGAGCCAAAUGCAAAGGUCCACUCCUCAGGAGGCUGCUACGAGCAACUCUUUGUAUCCCCUGAAGUGUUUGUGACUCUGGGCAUCAUCAGCUUGCUGGAGAAUGUCCUGGUCAUUGUGGCCAUAGCCAAGAACAAGAACCUCCAUUCACCCAUGUACUUCUUCAUCUGUAGCUUGGCAGUGGCUGACAUGCUAGUGAGCGUGUCUAAUGGAUCAGAAACCAUUGUCAUCACGCUGCUGAACAAUACAGACACAGAUGCACAGAGCUUUACCAUAAACAUUGACAAUGUCAUCGACUCAGUCAUUUGCAGUUCCUUGCUUGCAUCAAUUUGCAGCCUUCUCUCAAUAGCAGUGGACAGGUACUUUACUAUCUUUUACGCCCUCCAGUAUCAUAAUAUCAUGACAGUGAAGCGUGUAGGGGUUAUCAUCACAUGCAUCUGGGCUGCUUGCACGGUCUCAGGCAUUCUGUUCAUCAUUUACUCUGACAGCAGUGUUGUCAUCAUCUGCCUAAUCAGCAUGUUCUUCACUAUGCUCAUUCUCAUGGCAUCCCUCUAUGUCCACAUGUUUAUGAUGGCUCGUAUGCACAUUAAAAAGAUUGCUGUUCUUCCAGGGAGUGGCCCUGUUCGCCAAGGGGCCAACAUGAAAGGGGCUAUCACUCUCACCAUCCUGAUUGGAGUUUUUGUUGUGUGCUGGGCUCCAUUUUUCCUACACCUGAUUUUCUACAUCUCCUGCCCCUACAACCCUUAC